AGAGAGAGAGGGAGGGAGGGAAGGAGAGAGAGAGAGAGAGAGAGAGGCAAAGGAGAGGUGUAGAGACACACAUGAAAAGGGCAGUGCAUUGUAGCAUUUGUGCUUGCCCACACCACAGCACCGGAGUGCAGAUGGUUCUGGACUGAAAACAACGCCUCAUGGGGAAUAGAAGAGUCAAAUGAGCAUCAGUUUCUGACAGGAAAGGCCCAAAUUGCCAGCUAAAACAUUCCAGAUGUGACUUUUACUGAUAGAACCCAGUGGCAAAGGAGCUGAGCUUCAGUGAGGUUACACAGAUACGAAGAUGCCUUCGGACUGGACAAGGAUUUACGUAAAGGCUUGACUCUUUUUGACCUGAUGCUUUUUGGAAGACUCUUAGCUAAAUACACCUGUCAGUUUGGCCCCAAUGAAAAAGGAAUAAGCACAGCCAAGCCCCCACCCCCAUUUUGAAAACCAUUUUCACUUCUCAAGCACCAAAUUGAUGAUUUGGGAUUUUAAAUAAACUGUGAUAUAAGAUCUAUGGAUAGUAUUAUGCAUGAGAGAUGUAAAUAAACCAUCCAAAGCCAAAAUAUGCGAAUGCUGUUAAGCUUAUGACCUUAUUUUGACAUCCACAGCCUUUUGACCUUUAUACAGUUAUCGGCACAGACGUUAGACUUCAUUUGGUUUCUCUGUUGCCAGCAAGUUCCCAGGAAAUAAACAAUCUGCUGUUCCAAAUAUCUGUACUGCAUACUUCAGGCAACACAGGAAGUUCUAAAACAGUUUUACUGCUAAAUUGUCAUGUUUUGAGGUUCUCAGUGUAAAGAUCCACUAAGAGCUUUUGAGCUUUAGUUCUGAAGAUGUAUGAUCUACCCUAGAGACAACUACAAAUAUACAAGGUGUUCUAGCUUAACUGGACAUUCGCACAAUAUCCGUGACCUUUUUUUGUCGGAAUCUUUUCACUGGACCCACUUUGAAGAAGCAUCCUGGAAAUACCCCUUACAUUUUGAGAAAUAUCAGCCCUCUUUUAUUGGCAUUUCUUGAAUAACUAUCUGUGACGGAGGAGGUGGAUAAUAGACACUUAUGUUGAAAAAUCUUCACACUGGAAGAUGUGCUGUGUUCCUCCUAGCUGGCACUGGUUGUACCACUGGAUGUCUUGUGAUUUUGUCUGAAGCCUCACUGACACUGGAUGCUCUUUGAGUCACAAGGGUCACACCUCACUUGCAGUGGACAGUGACCCUCCCUGACCCCUGCAGCGCGGAAUUGCAAAAGGGACACAAAGUCAGUUCAGUAGAGCUCCAAUUAGCUUCAGAAGACCAUAUCUGGUGGGAGAACUGGAGAAGAUGCAUCAACAAGUCAAACGACAAGUGACUUGGACUGGAUUCAAUUCCUUUGCUAGCCUUGAUAAAGAGAGACGUGACUGUAAGGUUACCAACGGAAACCCAGCACUGGGACCCAGCACCGAUCUUCCAGGCAGAAAAACAAAUCUCAGCCGAAGUGCCAGCUUAUCAGAAAAGGAACUGAAAGAGGCUCGAGACAGAAGUCAGAUCAUUGCUGCUCAGCUGACGAUUCCAUCAAAUGCCAGCUCUCGAGGAGUGCAGCUCUUUAACAAGCGGAGGGCACGUGUGAACGCCUUCACUCUGGUUAGCUUUGGCAAGGGCGCUGGACAAGAGGCUUCUGGCAAUGACAAGAACUGUCCUCCUAAGAACACCCUGACAUGGGAAGACAAACUCUCUGAAGGAAAGGAGAAAGAAUUUAACAGCAGAAACAGUGAUUCCCAACUCUCCAGAUCUUCCAGUGAACUAAUCCAGAAGGACAGCAGAAGCAUGGUGGAUCAAAGUGACCCUAUUCCAAAAAUGGAUAAUUCUGCCGUUCAAGAGGAAGAUAGACAUUUUCUUCCCGUGAAAGAGAAUGACGCAGAAUUUUUGAGUGAUAUCACAGAAAAAGUCCAUGAAGAAUUAGCUUACAGUAACUGCAGUAACAGAUCUGUCCAGUCCAGCCAGGGCAUAGAUGAGGUGGGGGCCACCAAUCCGGGGACGGACUCCUUCACUUCACCAGGAGAAAUACCAAAUGGAAGUCACAGUGAUCAGAAUGCUGUAAAUGGCUCCCCAUCCCUGAUGAAGCAAGCUACAGUCAUCACUAAUCGGACAGCACGUCCAUUUGGGUCACCCAAUGUUCUGAGGUCCCCAGAAACCAGGAGUCCAGUGAUGGGCUUUCCCCAGCAUACUAUCCCAACAUUUAACAAGCCUCUUCCACAAGCCUUCUGCCCCCCGCCCCCUGCCUUUUCACCUUCUCCGGUUUCACCUCCUGCAUACUCUGCCCCACCUGAAUUCUUCAGUCCCCCUCCAGUGUCUCGUAUCGUUUCGCCUCCACCAUGCCUGGCCCAAUACGCACCAGCGGUGACUCCAAGACCACAUUACAACCCUCAGCUCAUCAGUGAAAGAAAGCAGCAGGUGCCUAUUAGAACGGGAAUCCUGGAGGAGGGCACGGCACGUAGGGCAACUCGGAAGGCGAUGUUCACAUUUCAAGAGAAGCCAAAACUUGAUCCAAACCCCGAGCUCCUGUCCCUAGUCCAAGGAGUCGAUGAGAAAAAGAAGUUAAGGUCCCAAUUUGAGCACAUGCAGGAAGAGGAGUUGCUAGAACUCGGAGCUGAAGCUUCUAAUUUUCUUGCUAAAGACACGUCCUGCAUUAAGGAGGCAAAGGUACCUGAGUGGUCCUCAUGUUUGAAGAGAUCUGAGACAAGGGUCAGGCCUGUUCCCAAGACAGAGCAGGGACUGACUAAUGCAUCAGGAAAGGGGGCUCAGCUUUUUGCUAGACGUCAGUCCAGAAUGGAAAAAUAUGUGGUAGGGACCCCAUCAGGGAUAGAGGGGUAUGUGAGAUCUCCCUCCCCCACUGCAUCCUUGCCUCCAUCUUGGACCUUCCCAUCCAACAUGCCAGGCCGAGUUAAGGCUAUGGCCAGUUCUAAUAAAAUCAAUAUACAGCCACCAAAGACUGUCAAAACUGCACCUGUUGUUGUUGCAAAACCAACCCCAGCAGCAGAGUCUCCAGUCUUGGAGAAUGGAUGUACCAAGACAGAGAUGAAGCUAUACAAGCAUCAGCCCUAUCAGCUGGACUCUUCUCUGUUCAUCCUGAACCCAACCAAAGACCCAAUGAGCUCUUUACCAAAAGCAGCACCACCCCCCAAACCCGUGGUUUCAGAGAAAGUCUAUAUGCGGCAAACCUCUUUGCCUACAAUUGCCACUCCCAUCUCUCCCCAUUUAAGUUCUCCAGUUCCUUUCAGGUCACCAAAGAGCCCUUCUACUCACGUUCCCCAAAGCCGCGUUAAUGGAAUGGGAUCUGCAGAUACCAGACCGAAUUAUGAAGCUUCUCCCAGACCAGAAGUAGGACACCAAAGAGCCUCUCCUAUCUCUCCUUUAUCUCCUCAGCGUGUGGCAUCACAGCGGCCUGGUAUCCAGGCACCAAGACCUACGUUCUCUGCCAGGAAAGCAGGAAUUGAACCACAGACCAGAGGCGAGGGCCUGUCCACCCCAAGCCCCCCCACCACUUCACUCCGGUCCAGGCAGUCCGGCAGCUCAGAUGGCCCCGUCGGUGGGGUGAGGGUCCAGCCUGCCUCAGUCCUCCAGGCUCCCUCGCCGCUGCCUCCGACGUGGGACGAAAGAUCCCAGUCGCCCAGCGUCGGCCAGGAUGACAAGGCCAAUCGGCGGCUGCUAGCCAAAAACAUAAUCAAUGCUGCCAAGCGCAAGAACAGCCCAUCCCCAGGUGCCCUGGGGGGUCGGGGGAUGUCCGUGUCCCCUGGCUUCCUGCCCCCCCACGGCCAGCGGCCUUUCAGCCCCUUCCAAUCCCGCUCCCCCACCUUCAUCAGCCCGCCGCCGACGCCCACCCGCUCCAUGCACUCACCCGUGUGUCUUUAUUCCACGCGUUCUCUCACUGACUCUGAUGCCUCAGUGGACUCUGAGGAUUUGGGUCUCAGGUCACCCGGGACCCGCAGCUACAACACGUGUCCCCGCGGUUGGGGUGGAAGUUUGAGGCUCAAGAGAGGAAAUUUCCCCGCUGACCUCUAGGAAGCACCUCUGCGUACGGCCAGAUUGACGAGCCCUGCGUCUUUCAUGGUCACGCUGUUCCAUCGCUCUCUGCGGCGCUCUGCUGCAAAACAUGGAAACAGGAAUCUGAGAUAAAUUUCUUGACUUUUAAUUGCAGGUUUUGUUUUACCAAAUUGUUUCAUGUCGAGUUUUCAUUUUUACUAGUUUUGAGAUUUGCGUGCAAGUUUGAAGAAGUUUUUCGUGUAAAGAGACGGUAUAUUUGUGAUUUUGGCACAACUGACAGGACAGACAUUUAGAGAAACGUUACUGGAUACGUCUAAGAAGGUUCGGACAGUUCGAUGUGGUGGUUACAGGUAACUGGGAUGAAGACAGGGCUUCAAAAUUUGCCCACAUUCUCUCUUGAUAAUAGCCGGAGAAGAUGAAGAUGGCAUGAAGAAUAUUUUCAUUCUUUGUCAUUGUAUUUGCUUUGUGUACCAAACUAUAACUUUAGAGCAAAGAGGAAGGUUCUUACGCAGUAAUCUUUUAACGAAUUCUACUACAGUGCAAUAAUCCAUGUAUCACUUUUUUUUCUAUGUACUCUGUAACAUAAUGUUUUUUGGUUAAUAGAAUGUUAAGUAUCAUAUAAAGUCACUGAAAAGUACAGACAGAAGAGGGAGAGCUGAAUAUUCAAAACGCGUCAGUGAUAAAGAUGAAAUGGAUGCACACAAUUCAGUGUUUAUGCAGUAAUUUGUCUGCAUCAUUUUAGAGCAAAGAAGUUUUUCAGAACCAAAAUUUGAAAUUCUAGUUGAAUUUCAGUAGGAAGUGGUUAAUACUGUGUUAUUAACAUCCAGUGUCAUUGAAACGUUCCUGUUUUCCAGAAGCUAAUUUAAUGGAAGUCUAGGCUCGUAUCGAUGGUUUCUUCAGUCAUUUUAAGUAUGUUGAUGAUGGUCAGAUGCUGGAUGCCUUUGGGAAGUAGGACGUAAUGUCAGUCGAGGAGGAAGUACUCUUAAGAGAGGUUCCAGAUUUUUUCGCUUGACUAUAAUGGAGGUUCAAAGGGAAGUUUCCAGGAAAUAUUCAGACAUUACACAUUUCAAGGAAGAGUAUCAUUAAGUACAUUUUACAUAGUGAUUUGUUGUUAAUUAUUACAUUUCAUUUUGGUAACAGCAUUUGGAUCAUUUUUGCUUGUUUUUGGCCUGAUUGUGCAAAGCAGGUGUUAUUCUGAAUAUAUGCUGUAUGACAAUGUACAACAUCUGGGCUUAUCCUGUUUUGGACACUGAAUAUGCAUCAUCAUGUAAACUACGAGUAUAAUGCAACCACUUUACCACAAACAGAUGCUACACAGGCCUACAGCCAAGCCCACCAGUGCCCGAAUUACAUUUCACCCCUCAGCACAGAGAGAGUUACACUGUCAGCAAAAAGUACCAGUUUGUACCCUCGAGGGUUGCUGGGGUUAUAUCUGACAGUUGUACUCUAGCUGUCGGUUAAUGUACCUUCAGGUCUAAUUCAAGGUACAGAAAUUGACAUUUUUGUACCAUUGGGGGUGCAUUAAUGUUGCUUGUACCUUGGGGAACAAACAUAUACCAAGGGCUGUACCCUUUUUUCUGACAGUCUAGAGGUAGUCCUUGCAUAUCAUAACAGGGCUCAGCUUAGGCAUAAAGCAAUGGAUUAUUCAGUGUUUCUACCCACUCUGAGUAAUGUGUUGAAUAAUGUCUUAUUGUCAUGCAUGGACCUUCAGCUGGUCUCCUCGAACGCGGUCGGUAUAUUUCAUGUCUUGCAAAAGCCGCUUGUGAUACAGUGUGAUUGAAAGUUUAACCAAAAUCACAUUCCCAAUCCCUAAUGCUCUGCUGUUUAAAUAAAAAAAAUAUAUCAGUUA